AUGAGCGUCGCGCGCUUUAAUUUCUCCCACGGGUCGCACGAGUACCAUCAGGAGACCCUGGAUAAUCUUCGCACCGCUUCCGCCAACACCGGCAUCAUGUGCGCCGUUCUGCUGGAUACCAAGGGUCCGGAGAUCCGCACGGGGUUCCUGAAGGACGGCAAGCCGGUGCAGCUGGUGAAGGGGCGCGAGGUGACGAUAACGACGGACUACGAGGCGCUGGGCGACGAGAACACCAUCGCCAUGAGCUACAAGAGCCUGCCCAGCGACGUCAAGCCGGGAGGCCAAAUUCUCUGCGCCGACGGGUCCAUCACACUCAGCGUGCUGUCUUGCAACCCCGCGGAAGGCACGGUGCGGUGCCGAUGCGAGAACACGGCAGUGCUGGGCGAGCGCAAGAACGUGAACCUGCCGGGGGUGAUAGUGGACCUUCCCACGAUUACCAGCAAGGACGAGGCGGACAUCAUGGGGUGGGGCGUGCCCAACCGCAUCGACUUCAUUGCUGCCUCCUUCGUGCGCAAGGGGUCGGACCUUGGGAUCAUCCGCAAGCUCCUGGGACCAAAGUUCAGCAAGUCCAUCCAGAUCAUCUCCAAGGUGGAGAACCAGGAGGGGCUGGUGAACUUUGAUGAUAUUUUGCGUGAGUCAGAUGGCAUCAUGGUGGCUCGAGGCGACCUGGGCAUGGAGAUCCCCAUUGAGAAGAUCUUCCUCGCGCAGAAGAUGAUGAUCCACAAGUGCAACGCUGCAGGCAAGCCCGUGGUAACGGCGACCCAGAUGCUCGAAUCCAUGACCAAGUCCCCCCGCCCCACGCGUGCCGAGGCGACGGACGUGGCGAAUGCAGUGCUGGACGGCACCGACGCCGUCAUGCUCUCGGGGGAGACGGCCGCCGGCUCAUGGCCCGUGGAGGCCGUCACCGUCAUGGCGCGCAUCUGCCGGGAGGCAGAGGCAUCGCUGGACUACCAUUCCAUCUUCAAGACCAUCAUGGCCGAGGCUGCCAUGCCCAUGAGCCCUCUGGAGAGUCUGGCUUCUUCAGCCGUGCGCACCGCCAACAAGGCACGUGCGGUGCUGAUCAUUGUGCUCACUAGGGGAGGCUCCACGGCCAAGCUAGUGGCCAAGUACCGCCCGCCCAUGCCCAUCCUCUCUGUAGCCGUCCCCGUUAUGACGUCCGACGACCUCACGUGGACUAUCAGCGAUGAAUCUCCCGCCAGACAUGCGCUGGUGUGCCGCGGACUCGUCCCGUUGCUGGCAGAAGGGGCUGCUAGAGCCACGGAUUCGGAUACGACUGAUGAGCUUAUCUCUGCGGCAUUGAGAGCGGCCAAGCAGAGGGGGUUCUGUCGCGAAGGGGAGUCGGUGGUUGCGCUUCAUCGCAUCGGGAAUGCGGCUGUUAUUAAAAUCAUCUCGGUGAACAUGGUCAUCGCGAGACGGACACUGUUAAGCAUCGGCAUUCUCCUCCUGCUUUCAGGCGCUUUAGCAAAAGAGAACGGAGGUGGCGGCGGGAAGGGGAAACGCAGUGGGAAUGCUAAAGAGGGCGGGGGUGGCAAGGGAGCAGUGAAGGGCAAGGGCGGCAAACUGUUUGGCUUCUUGGGCGGCCGGACCCGCGUUCUCGGCUCGGUGCAAGCGAAGCUACAAGGAAAAUUCGUGGUGGACGAUAUGGGCGCCAGCGCGGGUGCUCGCAACGCGAUUGGCACACUGACUUUGGUUUCACUCAGCAACGGAACAAUCACAUUCUCAGCACGUCUUGAACUGGCCCAGCCCGACCUCCCUUCUUCCAUCUCCAUCAACACAGCCGCCAAAGGCGCGACAGGGGACGUCCUUAUCGACCUCUCAUCUGAAGCCACGUGGCAGAACGUUACUGACAUGGUCAUCAUAGCCAAAAUGGCCAAGCCUGGGUUUGGUUUGGAUCGGCCGGACCGGAAUCCGUACGUGUAUGUUUUCAAAGGGUCGUGGAAACAUGCAGCAGCUUUGACUACUACAGACGGAUCGACUUAUAAAGAGGUGUUUGAUGAAAUUAGCAAGACGCCUGCAGCAUUUUAUGCGACUGUUGAGACGGAGAGGUUUAUUUAUGGUGCUGCCCGCGGGCAGUUUGCUAGGCCUAGCCGUGGGUUGGGCAUCUUCAGAAAGGCCCGCAGUUGA